AUGUCCAACACAAAGACCGUUAUCGCAACGGGUGCCUCAUCAGGCCUGGGAUUCGAAUCUGUCAAGCAACUACUUGAAAAGUCCGAGCCGUACAAUUUCAUCCUUGGUGCUCGGGAUACAAAGAGAACUCAGGCUGCGUAUGACGCGCUCAGCUUCGAUUCUACUAAGCACUCUGUUCACAUUCUGCCGCUUGAUCUGAAGGAUUUGCGUAGUGUGCAGGUAUUCGUUCAGAAGGCUCUUGCUCAGCUUGGUCGGAGCAAGAUUGAUUAUUUGUUCUUGGUUGCUGGUACACAUGAUGAUGCUAGUGGGCCUGGUCCGAAUGGUUCUCAAUGGUGUGAUGGGUAUGUUGUGAAUCAUCUCGCCCAGCAUUAUCUGGUCCACUUGAUCCGUGAGACCUUGGUCGCCUCUCAGACACGCAUUAUCUUCGUUUCCUCCGGGGCAAUCCGCAAUGUGCGGGGGCAGGAUCCUAAAACACUGGAUGUCGACCUUAAGGCAAACUCUGGCGCCGGUAAAAGAGUAGUCUACUGCGGCUCCAAGUUCGUCCAGCUGCUGGGCGCUCACUACUGGCGUCGUCAUCUGCCAGAGUGCACCAUCGUGGCUGUUUCUCCCGGUCUGGUUCCCGACACCAAGCUCGCCACGGACAUAGGAUUGAGUAUGGAUAUGCCCGAUGCUAAGACGAUUCCCGAAGGUGCUCAAAGCCUUCUUGCCGCUUUUACUCGCAGCGACAUUCCUGCGGAUCCGGAGCAGAUUUUCCUCACUAGUUGGGGUGAAUGGUGGCCCAAGGAUGUGUAUGCGAUGAGUCUGGACACUGCUUUACAGAACAAGUGGUGCUUGGGUAGAGAAGAGAUUGAAAAGGCUGAAGGUCUUGCUGGGGAGUCCUGA